AUGAGCCUCCUGAAAUCAGCCUACUUUACGAAUGCCACUAUUGUGCAUCCUGAUUUCUUUUAUAUAAGUGGUUUUGCUGGUAUUCCACACAUAGAAUACUACUAUGGCUUCCUUUGCUUUGUUUAUGCUCUGACUGUAGUGGUAAACACUUUUGUCUUGUUUAUGAUUUACACUGACCACUGUCUCCACAGUCCAAAAUAUAUUGCAGUUUUUAAUUUGGCUUUGUCUGACUUGUGUGGAAGCACUGCAGUCAUUCCUCAGAUGAUUGACACCUUCCUGCUUAAAUCACAUUUAAUCCCCUUUGACGCCUGCUUGACUAACAUGUUUUUUGUUUUUUUGUUUAUCUCUAUGCAGUCUUUCACUCUAACUGUCCUUUCCUAUGACAGAUAUGUUGCUAUAUGCUUUCCACUGAGAUACAAUGAGAUUGUGACUAGUAAAUCAAUAUUGAUGAUCACAGCCACAUUAUGGAUUUUUUCAGGAAUGGCCACUCUCAUAGCUGUGAGUUUUAUCAACACACUGUCAUUCUGCAAAUCCACUGUGGUAAACAGUUAUUUCUGUGAUCACGGGCCCAUGCACUGCCUGGCAUGCAAUGACAACUUUCCAAGUGAAGUGAUUCACUGGGUACAUCCUAUUAUGACUCUAUGGCUUCCAGGACUUUUUAUCAUCGGUACGUACAUUUGUAUAGGCAGAGCGUUGUCAAAAAUCGCAGAAGCCACAGAGCGCCUCAAAGCCAUGAAAACCUGCACCUCUCAUUUGAUCCUGGUGAGUGUGUUUUACCUUCCCAUUUGUAUCACUUAUGCAAUGUGUGAGUUCAUUGAGCAGAAUGUCCGGAUUAUUAACAUGUCUCUGGCGACCAUCUUGCCGCCUGUGCUGAAUCCAAUAAUUUACUCUCUGAAGACAGAGGAAUUCACAGAAACCAUUAAAAAGUUUUACAGAAGAAAGAAGAUACACAGGAGGUUGUUCCAAUGA